UUUGCCACGAUCUCCUAUCGUGUCUUAUGUUAUAAAGAACUCGUCAACUUCUAUCAGUUUUUCUGUGUUUCGACAUCUAGGCAAGGAGCUGCAUUCUAGAAGAAGCAUUCCAAGGAAAACAUUCCUUACAUGUUAUAAAAACCUGAAUUGAUAGAAAGCUGAAUAAUUACCGAAACACUAGUGAGAUGACACGGAGAAGUAAAGACUACCUCGAAGAUAUGUUGGACAUGUCGGAGUUUCCAAAUAUUAACAACGAUAGUCAAAGCGAAAUCCCCCAAUUCUUUGCGAGAUGCAACGUGUUAAUAACGGGUGGUACCGGUUUUCUCGGCCAACUUCUAAUAGAAAAAUUAUUGCGAUGCUGUCCAGAUAUAGAAAAGUUGUACAUAUUCCUGAGAGCAAAAAAAGAAAAAACACCCGAACAAAGGUUCAAAGAAUACUUUGAUAACGUUGUUUACGACAGAUUAAAGAAAGAGCAGCCCAAUUUUAAUUCUAAAGUAAUAAUGAUACAAGCUGAUAUAAGCAAGUUAGAUCUCGGAUUAUCGAAGGAAAAUCGAGAAAGACUUCUAGACACAAACGUAAUAUUCCACGCGGCAGCGACUGUACGAUUUAAUGAAACAAUUCGAGUUGCAGUGAAUAUAAAUGUAAGAGGAACAAAGCAGCUUCUUCUUUUCGCAAAAGAAAUGCCACAGUUAAAGUCAUUCGUUCACGUAUCUACUGCAUUUUCCUAUUGUAUUACUAAAUUCAUCGAAGAAAGAUAUUAUCCUUCGCCUAUGGAAACUGAUAAGAUUUUGACUUUAAUCGAUAUUAUGGACGAUGACAAAUUGGACAAAUUCACACCAACAUUAAUAGGUGAAUGGCCGAAUUCAUAUGUAUAUACAAAGGCGAUCGCUGAGGACACUGUUCGACAAUACAGUAUAGGAAUUCCAGUUUGCAUUGUACGACCAUCAAUUGUAACAUCAACGGUCGAGGAGCCAGUGAGUGGAUGGACCAACAGCGUGUAUGGAGCAGUGGGCGUAGUCAUGGGUAGUGCCAUAGGUUUAUUACGUACUUUGCAUUGUAAUCCUGAUAACGUGGCAGAUAUGGUGCCUGCUGAUUAUGUUAUUUCGCAUCUUAUCGCUGCGGGUUGGGAUACCGCCAAAAGAAGAAAUACUCUAUUGAGUAUCGAGAACGCGAAUCUAGAAACUGAGAGAGUGCCGAUUUACAAUUACGUGUCGAUAUGCCAAAAUCCCAUUACCUGGAGGAGAUUUAUGAAAUUAAAUGAGAUUUUUGGAAUGCAGGUACCGAGCACACAUGUUCUCUGGUACUAUAUGUUUUUUCUAAACAAGUAUAAAUUUGUGCACGAUAUCUGUGUGAUAUUUCUGCACAUGAUACCUGCUGUUAUAGCCGAUACUAUGUUAUUUUUCACAGGUCAAAAACCUAUGUUAUUAAAGGCAUAUAAGAAGAUAAACAGUUUUAGUUCUGUAAUAUCGUAUUUUUCGUCGCAACAAUGGCGAUUUAGUAAUGACGCCGUUGUAAAGCUUUGGGGUCGUGUGCCUCCAGCUGAUCGUCAAAUUUUCAAUUUCGAUAUGAAUAACUUGGAAUGGGAAUCAUAUAUUAAGAUCAUCAUACCUGGUUUGCGCUUAUACAUAGCUAAAGAUCCGAUUGAUACCUUAGAGAGAGGACGAGAAAAAUACAGGAAAUUAAAGAUCUAUCAUUACUCUUUAUUAACGGUUAUUACGGUUUUAUUAGUGUGGGGUGUCAUAACCUUAAUAAAUCGUAUGAUAUUAUUUUUGUAAUUUAAUAAAUCGUAUAAUAUAAUU